AUGCUUAGAGAUCUCUUGAUAUGUGGGAAGUUACCAGCAGACCCUUGGAAUCGUGUUCAUUGCUGCGAAGGUUCAGUUCUUGUUUUAAUCGAAUUUUGUCAGGUAAUUCAGAACUUGUUGUUUAAUCUAAAUCUAGGUGCAAGGACCGAUACCACUUUUAUGCUUUCCUGAAGAUGUAGGACCCCAUUUGAACUUGGACCAGGUCGCCAUCUGGUUGAUGAGUUCGGAGAAUACCCACGGAUCCCAAACGUUUCUCUAUAAUCAGCUUAUGGAUCUGCACGCCAUAGUGCAACAUGUAACGUUGUUGGAUAUUACGGCUAGAGCAUUUCAAGUAGGUGUUUUUCGCGUGUUGUGUUGAUUUUUAGAGACCUGCUGCUCUGGCAUUUAUUUCAUCAGAGAAACCGGGCUACGGACUUCGAAGAGACUUCAAUCGAUUGGUCGGUGAUGCUCUUCGGCCAUUUUUGGCUUGCAAUCGACAAAUGUUUCGAUCGUACGGGGAAAAUAUGAUAGAUGUUGCGAACGAGAUGCAACAUGAACGACUGAACUCCUAUUAUUCCCUAACGGGUCUAUCCUUGUCACCAUCGGGCAAUAAUAAAAUUCGCGUGAGUUUUUAUUCAAUGAAGCUUUAUUUUGUUUCAGCAAGUUUCAAAGCAACUGAAGGAGCUUCUUGAUUAUCGCCCGAAAGAAGUGAACGGGAAUACUCCGAAGCGCUUGAAUCUUCAAUUUCUCGAUAUGUAUAAGUUGGUUUCGUGCUAUCCAUCAUUUUGCAAUUGUGGCCAUAAUCCUGAAGACUUUAAGGACUUCUUGGAAAUUAUAAAUGAGCCGUUAUCGUCCAAACUGAUUCCUUUCAUUAAAUUGGCACCCUGUGUAAGCAUGGCUGUAAAGUAACUUACAUAGCAAAAAUUUGAUUUCAGAGUGGAGCGCAGUUCAAGCAAGACUUCUGCGCCAUCUACGACCUAUUAGUUCAUAAGUCGAAGGAAGCGGGGGUUCUCUUCUCCGCUGGGUAUCCAGUGCUCUCUAGCUACUCAGAAUCUGGUUAUCAACGGACCAAAGAAGAGGAGCAUAAAGAAGACUUGGUUGCAAAUGGAGCCGUUGAUAUUGUAAAAAUAAGCAGACAGUUUCCAAACGAAAAUUCUUUAAGAUGUUUGGGAGCCACCUUGAUCCAGGUAGUUAUUAAGAUUAAGUUCACAUUAUUUGUGUCUGUUUUAGUGUUUAUAUCCACUGUUAUCUGGGGAAGAAAUGGCCGUCAUAGCAUCGGAACAGAGAUUGUCUACUGGAAUUGAUCUCCUACAGAAAUUGAAUUCUCUUAAAAUCAGCAGAGUAUUUGAGAAUGCCGAAUGGUGUAAUGAUGAAAACGAUGACAGGUGUGGUGAUUUAAUCUUUAUAACAUGCAUUUAGGUAUAUGACGCAAUUGAGGGGAUUUACUGUGUCCCGUGAUAAAACUUCUGAAUUUGUGGAUAAAUCCUCAAGGAAGGUGAUAGUCGACCUAAACAAUCAGCGACUCUACUCUCAAUUCUACGAAGGGCAACUUCUCCAACCAUUGACAAUGGCCAAGGCUUUUCCGUCUGACCAAUCCCUUAUCUUAUUCAUCCUCUCUAUUCUUGCUGAUUUCUGUUUCUUUGCUCAAAUUGGCAAAAGAAUUUCAGUUGAUAAAAUGGGGCGGAAGUUACAACUGAAGAAACAGGACGUUCUGAUCGUGGCCAAUAUACUGGCUGAAUAUGACAUUGAGCGAUUUCUGAGGGUGAGGACGGAAAUUAAGGAUAAUAUUAGAAAACGGAUACGAAAACUUCGAUUUUGAAUCUUUAAUGGUUUGUACAUAUUUUAUACGUCUGUGAUAUAUAAAUAAUCGGAAUAUAACGUGCAUUUUAAUAAGACUACUGGUUUGGGUCCAGCGAAAAUAUUACAAUUUUACCUGUCUUUUUUACACCGAUUUCUCUCGAGAAAUUGGUUGCUUAGGAACAAUUAAAAAUAAAUACACUUAUCGUUGUAUUUGAGAUGGUGGAAAUACGUGAAGCUGAUGACAAUGAUACGGCUACAUCCGACACUUCGCAGCCAUCUACAUCUCAUACUUCGCGACCUUCCGGAGUUCAACGGAUGACUUUUUUUGUAAGGGCUUGUUUUUUCUUUGAGAAUCUGGAAGUUGAAUUUAUUGACCCGUUUGUGUUUUUAGGAUUUUCUGAAACGAGAUCCCAUCUACACAGCGAUUGCAUGGCUUCGAAUCUUGUCGUUGUAUUUUACAAUCAAUUAUCUGUUGUUUUUGGCUGGCCUGACAUCUGGGAGAGCUGUUUAUUACAAAGUCAUUAUGGCUGGUAUUUUAUGACUUUGCGUAAAGAUAUGUUUUAUUUUCAGCCGCGGCAUCGUAUGCCUUCCGUCUUCAUCAACGUCUCAAGGAGAAUCUCAGAAAUAUUUUUAGUCGAGAAUUCGUGGCCCAACUUUUCUUUGAGGAUUCUGCCCAUUAUUUGCUUUAUUCCAUUGUUUUUAUCAAUUCUCAGACCGUUACAAGUAAGUAUUUUUAAGAGUAAUAUGACUUCGGUUUACAGUGGCCUUGUUUCCCAUCUCUGGAUACUCUUUGUACCACACAACCUUGUACUUGAUGCAGUUAUCUGAAGCAAUUGGACAAACAAAUGCAGCAUGGGCCAAAGCUGCCGGCCAAUUCAGACAGCUAUAUUCGAAUACGCUUCUGUCCACUAUAGCAUGUGUGGAGAUCUUCCUCUUCCCGGUUCUGGCUGCUAUGAUAUUCACGUAAGUUGGAAAGAACAUGAUGGAUUACCAGAGAAUUGCGGAACUUGAUGUUGUUGUCUCUCAAAGCUCGUUGUUUAUCAACUAUGUUUAUUUUCAGAGGAAAGGCCAGCUUCAUGUUCAUCUUUUUAUAUUACCGUUUCCUUUGGCUUCGUUACACUUCUCGCAGAAAUCCCCACACUCGAUUGGCCUUCCAGCAGUUGAAACAUUCUCUUCUCGAGGUCGCGGAACGUCCUGCCUGUCCUGGACUGGCAAAGACCUUCAUCUUCAACUCGAUUUCCGUGGUGGAACGUUUUGCGCCGGCUGUCUAA